UUAGUGUCCCAAGUCUUCUCCGUUGAGAGACAUUCUCUAGAAAAGUCACCUUCAAAAUCUCUCUUUCCUCAAAACGGAGAAGAUAACAACAAAAUCCAACCCAAUUGCAAUCGUGCUAGGUCUGAUUUCUUUUUUCAUCUUCUCUUUUUCCGCACUGUUUUUUUGUAUCAGUAUUUUGCUCGUCAGAUUUGCAGUUUCAGGAAUUACAGAGUUUCUCGCACUGUAAUCCGUCGGUUUUGCAGGUCUGGAUAUGCAGAGCCAAGUUGUUUGCAGUGGGUGUAGAACUGUCCUUCUUUACCCAAGCGGAGCUACAAAUGUUUGCUGUGCAAUUUGCAAUAUGGUCACUUCCGUGCCACCACCGGGGAUGGAAAUGGCUCAAUUAAUAUGUGGAGGUUGUCGCACCUUGCUUAUGCAUGCUCGUGGAGCAACAAGUGUCAGGUGCUCCUGCUGUCACACUGUAAAUCUUGUGCCAGCUGCCACGCCUCCUAACAAUGUUGCUCAUGUUAACUGUGGAAAUUGCCAUACUAUGCUGAUGUAUCCUGCUGGAGCGCCAUCUGUAAAAUGUGCUAUUUGUCACUUCAUCACGAAUGUUAAUAUGGCCGAUACUAGAGUUCCCAUUCCUGUAAAUAGACCUGUAGGGAACUCCAAUUCUGCACCAACACAAUCUACAUCUACAGUAACAACAGCUCAUUCUCACAAUCAAACGGUAGUGGUGCAGAAUCCCAUGACUGUCGAUGAAAGUGGCAAGUUGGUGAGCAAUGUGGUCGUUGGCGUGACGACAUAAGAUGUGUGUCGAUGUAAAGGUACGUCGGAAGAGCAUAUAGAGAGAGAACCUGUGCAUAUUGUGGCUAUGAUUAGUAUGGAGCUAAUAAAAUUUGGUGUAAAGUUCAAGAGAAUAACUGGCUAUUUUGCACUCUAUAAUAGCGUGCCUCAUUUUGCUACCCAGGAAUUGUAUGUUGAACACUGAUAAUAUAUACACUUUUAUUCGUAAGUAGAAUGAUAAUGCUUGGAUUGCUUAUGGUUCA